GCCCCGCCCCGCGCUUACCUCGCGAGCCGAGGGCGGUACGAGGGGCGGUGGGGGUGCGGCGCGGUGCGGCGCGGCGGUGAGGCGGAGGCUAGAGUGUGUGGCGGCGCGGGCGCUCAGCAUGGCUCGCUUGGUGCUAGGUCUGAUGAGCUGUACCCUCUUUAUAACAGUUAAUGGUCUGUAUUCGUCUAGUGAUGAUGUAAUUGAAUUAACCCCCUCAAACUUCAACCGAGAAGUUAUUCAGAGUGACAGUUUGUGGCUUGUAGAAUUCUAUGCUCCAUGGUGUGGCCACUGCCAGAGGUUAACACCAGAAUGGAAGAAAGCAGCAACUGCCUUGAAAGAUGUUGUCAAAGUUGGUGCAGUUGACGCGGACAAACAUCAGUCCCUGGGGGGUCAGUAUGGUGUUCAGGGAUUUCCUACCAUUAAGAUUUUUGGAUCCAACAAAAACAAACCAGAAGAUUAUCAGGGUGGCAGAACUGGCGAGGCCAUCGUGGACGCUGCCCUCAGUGCUUUGCGCCAGCUUGUGAAAGACCGCCUUGGCGGCCGGGGCAAUGGCUACAGUUCUGGAAAACAAGGCAGAGGUGACAGUUCAAGUAAGAAGGACGUGAUUGAGCUGACGGACGACAGCUUUGACAAGAAUGUCCUUGACAGUGAAGAUGUUUGGAUGGUUGAGUUUUAUGCUCCCUGGUGUGGACACUGCAAAAACCUAGAGCCAGAAUGGGCCGCAGCCGCUACAGAGGUAAAAGAGCAAACGAAAGGCAAAGUGAAACUCGCAGCUGUGGAUGCCACCGUGAACCAGGUUCUCGCCAGCCGAUACGGGAUUAGGGGAUUCCCUACAAUCAAGAUAUUUCAGAAAGGCGAGUCUCCUGUGGAUUACGAUGGGGGACGCACGAGAUCCGACAUUGUUUCCCGGGCCCUCGAUCUGUUUUCUGAUAACGCCCCACCUCCUGAGCUGCUUGAGAUUAUCAACGAGGACAUUGCCAAGAAGACGUGUGAGGAGCAUCAGCUCUGUGUCGUGGCCGUGCUGCCCCACAUUCUUGACACGGGAGCUGCAGGCAGAAAUUCUUACUUGGAAGUUCUUCUGAAGUUGGCGGACAAAUACAAGAAGAAAAUGUGGGGGUGGCUGUGGACAGAAGCUGGAGCCCAAUCUGAGCUAGAGAAUGCGCUGGGGAUCGGCGGGUUUGGAUACCCUGCUAUGGCAGCUAUUAACGCACGCAAGAUGAAAUUUGCUCUCCUAAAGGGAUCAUUCAGUGAGCAAGGCAUUAAUGAGUUUCUCAGGGAGCUGUCUUUUGGGCGUGGAUCUACAGCCCCUGUAGGCGGCGGGGCUUUCCCUGCCAUCAGCACCAGGGAGCCUUGGGAUGGCAAGGACGGCGAGCUUCCCGUGGAAGAUGACAUUGACCUGAGUGACGUGGAGCUGGAUGACCUGGAGAAGGAUGAGUUGUGAGAGGCUCCGCAAAGACUUCAGCUUUCUUUUCUUGGGAGCAGAUUUUCCUGCAGUGAAGGAACGUCCUUUCCAGUCCGAGGAACCUACCAGUGGCCUUUUUAACCGAGAAGUAACCCUUGACUGGUCAUUAGAAAACACUGCAACAGUGAACUUUUGCGUCUCAAGAAAACAAUGAAAAAUUCUAUGAAUUGUCGUAGCCAGUGAAAUGAGUUGUAUCCUGUCAAGUAAUAUUUUGAAGAAAACUGAUGGGCUGUUGAAGCAUUUUUCCCUCCCUCUGACUUGCUGCUUGGAUGUUCUUGGAGGCUGUUUCUUACAUACAAGUUUUUUAAUGUGAUCCUUUUCAUUUGAAUAUUAAUAGCUUUUUUCCAUUAAAGAAUAAAACAAUAUUUUGGACAAUGCCAAUAAA